AAUAAGUCCAUCCAUAAAAUUUCCAUGAUACUAGAUAUUCCACGGUCAACUGUUAGUGGUAUUAUAACAAAGUGGAUGCAACUGGGAGCGACAGCAACUCAGCUACGAAGUGGUAGGCCACGUAAAAUGACAGAGUGGGGUCAGCGCAUGCUGAAGCGCACAGUGCUCAGAAGUCGCCAACUGCCUGCAGAGUCAAUAGCUGAAGUACUCCAAACUUCAUGUGGUCUUCAGAAGAGCUUCAUGGAAUGGGUUUCCACAGCCGAGCAGCUGCAUCCAAGUCUUACAUCACCAAGUGCAAUGCAAAGCAUUGGAUGCAGUGGUGUAAAGCACACUGCCACUGAACUCUAG